CGCUUCUACUUCGACAUCAGCGCGAUGGAGAAGGGCGAGCAGAUGCUGAAAGCCGAGUUGAGGGUCUUCAAGCUGAAGAGGACACAUGUGUCUAGAAGGUCUGACGUGAAACACUUUUGCAAAGUGGAAGUGUAUGAGCUCAUGGAGAGUGGAAGUAAGCCACAAAACAGCCAUCUCGUUGCAUCAAGAUUAUUGUCCCUGUACACGGAAGGCUGGGAAGUAUUCAACGUCACGCAGACAGUUUCCAAGUGGGUUGGAAACAGCAGCUCCAACCAUGGCUUUUUGAUAACUACAACACAUGUAUUUAACAACAGAAUUGAGCACAAUCUGGUUAAGUUUGCUAAGAGCCAGGGCGUUUUGCAGGAGAGUAGAAAUGCUCUCCUUGUCCUCUUCACCAACAGUAACAAACGGAGGUCUUCCAGCUUUGUACCCUCUUCCACAAAACUAAAGGUGAACCCUGCCAAAAAUGAUGCUUCACGUGUGCCUCGUGAAACUCGGAUCAUCGAAAGCAGCAACGCAAGCCUGAGCAGGAGACCUCGAGCUGCUGCAACCCCUUCUGCCAAAAGCCAGGUAACAGCAUGUCAUCGAAGGGAACUCUACGUUGACUUCCGUGCUAUUGGCUGGUCAGGUUGGAUUAUUUACCCAAGUGGAUACAAUGCCUUUUAUUGCAGAGGAUCCUGUCUCUUCCCCCUGGGGGAAAGUCUAAAUGCAACAAACCAUGCUACAGUUCAGUCCAUAGUCCACACACUUAAACUGUCUCAAGAUGUCAGCACGCCCUGCUGUGUGCCAGAUGAAUUGAAGUCCCUCAAUCUUCUUUACUUUGAUGACAAAGAGAAUGUGGUCCUUAAAAAUUACAAAGACAUGGUGGCAACAAGGUGUGGUUGUCAUUAG